UUUGCUGUUGCUCAUCAUCUUCUUACAGAAUGUGGUGGACCAUCACCGGUAACUUUGGCAAUAUUCUGCCCAUCGACUGGUCCAAGUCGUACACUCGCCAGAUGCACAUGCCGACCCUCAAUCUGGGCCAGGGCCGUACAAAGCAGCAGCAGCAGCAGCAGCGCAAUCUACAGCAGCAGCAGCAGCAGCAUAAUCAGCAACAGAAUCAACAGCAACAGCAGCUGGACGCACAGACACCAGUGGAUGAGUUCAACGACUUGACCAGCGAGGAUGAGGCAGUGGCCAAUGAUUUGGAUAUGCAUGCAUUGAUAUUGAACGGAUUGAACGCGGAUGCCGACGAUCAUCCCAUUAAGACCGUGGAGGAGGUGAUCAAGGAGAUCGACGAUAUUAUGGACGAGGCCGAGAGUCCAUUGGAUGAGCCCGAGCACUGCGAUUCGGAGGUCAUUGAGAAGGCACGCGAGGUGCUCGGUGCUCCGCUCUAUGCAGAGAAGCUGCAAUAUUUGAGCAGCACACAGCUGAACGAGCUGUAUAUGGAAAUGGAGAUGCUCAUCCAGGAGCUGAGCGAGACACUGAUCAACGAGCUGGCGCUGCGCGACGAGCUCGAGUACGAGAAGGAGCUGAAGAACUCCUUCAUAUCUCUGCUGCUGGCAGUCCAGAACAAACGUCGGCAAUACCAUGUCGAGAAGAAGCGCGGCAAAUUCCAAGGCCCGGAGCCCAAAUACUUGACUACUGUCAUACCCUAUCAUCUGGAGAAUGGCACACCAAACAAUCAAUCGUUGCAAGUUUUGAUCAAAAUACUCAAGGCCAUCAAUGAGGACAGUCCAACAGUGCCGACGCUCUUGACGGAUUACAUCUUGAAGGUGCUCUGUCCCACAUAAAUACGCACUGCAGCCACAACAAAACAGCAAAAGCAACAAUAACAACAGCAACAACAA